GUUCGGACGUGAGGUAGGUUUCGUUUCAGCCACGAAUAAAUCCGGUUUUUUUUUCUGUGCUUCAAACCACACACCUUUCUAGACAAGAAUGUUUGAAGCAACGCGUUAGAACCAAAUACGGGGGACGACCUCUUUUAGAAGGAGAGGUUCUGCGGGAUAGUGAGUCGCGACAAUUGCCGGUGGAAUUAACGGUGCUGUCAGAUCCUUUCGAAUUGAAAACAUGAAUCGUCGCGUUUCGCUGUAAUCGUUGUGUUGGCCGUUCAAGUGCCUGCCAUCGUCAUCAUGUGAUGUAUUUAUAGAUAUUCUCGGCUCUUUUAGUACGUGUGUUGUGUGCUUGUUAUAGACGAUGGUGAGUUAAACAUUUCCUUUCGAACGUCUCGUGGACCCCUGGAAAUUGAUUCAAAGAAAAAAGUGAAAAAACACUGAAAAACUGCUAGGUGGUAUCCUGAACCAGCUGCUGCCGAGUACCGGCUCCCCAAUCAUCUACCAAGAUGUAACCUGUUCAGCUGAUGAACGAACCUCGAGAAAAGCGCAACAACAACAAGAUCGAUUGCAGUGUGAACAAAUUAUGACGUCAAAAACAACGGCCACCAUCUCGACUGUUUCGACAUGUAGUGGUGGCCACCAUCGUACUUCCUCUGUGGAAAACACCGGAAAUUCAAUCGUCAACUCCAUCACCAGCUGCUUGGCAUCCUCGAGUGAAGCUACUGCCAAAUCAGCCUCCGCUUGUGAUGAUGAAGAUCUGUACAACACGCUUUUCACCAAGAAGCUGCCCUCGGACAGUAUCUUGAAUAGUACGCUCCUGGAUUGCGCCGACGACUAUUGCGGAGGUCUUGUGAAUGGAGCCAACGAUACACCGGAUCUUAGUUCCCUGCCCAUUUCCGUAUCCUUCCGACCCAGUGAUUCAAGCUUUGGCUUCCAGAAUACGUACGCCGUGCUGGAACGGCAGCUCGCAAGCAAAACACAGGUUGCCCAGCAACUGCGUGAGUUCCUGGAGUACAACGAAAUCUACAAAUCGCCAGCAUUCUGCGAAGCGUCACCGCGUGAUUAUAGUGCAAAUUACUUAAGAAGAAUCAGUGAGGAAAGCAUUUCCUCCCGUCAUUCAUCUUCCACACAGGAAGAUGCCGAUAAGCCUAGUUUCCUAGAGUUAGAGCUUGAAGCUUCGAGUAGAUUGCGAAAAAUUAAGGAACGCUUCGGAAGUACUAGUAACUUGUUAGCUGAUGCUGAUGCUACGGAUACGUUGGAGUCUCCAUUGGUUGAAGCGCUGUACGGUAUUAGCGCGGAAAGUUUGAAACAGGCAGGAGCGGACAAAUUUCAUCCCAACCCGGAGGUGUUUCUGACAACGGAAACUGCAACCGACGGGCAGAAAGCGGGUCAAUCCGGCGAGCAUCCGGAGUAUAUCUAUCACGUGGCGAAGGGCAGUGAUGGGCGGAUGUAUCUUAAAGUGGUGCGGAGUUUGCUGCUCGAUAAAGUUCUAUGCGGUAAUCGUGUUAGCCAAAUGACCCGUGCAUACGAUGAUAUCGAUGCCGUAACACGACUGCUGGAGGAAAAGGAGAAGGACUUAGAACUGACGGUGCAGAUCGGGAAGGAACUGUUGACACAGAAUACGGCCCUAGAGAAUCGCGUUGCCGAACUGGAGCAGGAGCUGAAAAGUACGAACGAAAACCUAGCGCAGCUCGCCCACGAGCUGCACCAGAAGAACGAACUGAUCGGAAUACUGACCAACGAUGCGGACGACAGUAGCGAGAAUGUCACACCUACCACGUCCAAAUCGGUGAACUUGGAGCUGUUGCAGCGCAAGGUCAAAUCGCUCGAGGACGAAAACAAAUCGCUGCGAUGUGAAGCUGCUCAGUUGGUCAAGGAGACGGACGAGUGUGAGGAGCAGGAGCGCAAACUGAUGGCCGACAUCGCCAAUCAGCUGAACACGGCUAACAGCGAGUUCGAUGGAUUAAAUCUAGAACUCGAAAGACUGAAGGAAGAAAACCGUCUGCAGCAUGAGCAGAUCGUCAGCCUCACCUCGCGGCUUGCGGAGGCGGAGAUUCGGCUGCAUCAGCUCACCACGGAGAACGAGGAAGCGUCCUCACUGCUCAGUAUUACCAAAGAAAAUCAAAAUCUGUUGGCCGGUGAGUUGUCGGAGUUUAAAACACGCUACCAGGAGGUUCUGAACUUGCUGCAUGAAACCCAAGAGCAGUUGCGACGCCAAAGAAAACGUUCGCAGCCGAUGGCGCGAAGUACGCUGAUACCAGGCCUGGGUAUACCGGCACCGGAUUCCCUCCAGUCGGAGCUGAUGGAGACGUCUCUCUACUCGGAGCACAGUCUGGACUCGGGUAUAGCUUCCGAGCGAGGUGGAGCCCUUCAGCCGUCGUACAAAAAGAUAUUCGAAACGGUUCGUUCAGCGGCUCGUGCCAACCCGGGUGGCUUCAGUGAUACAUUCUCCCAACUUGGUUCGAUGACGAUGAGCUCCUCUUCGCAGCCGCGAAUGGCACCGUAUGUAUUUCCUGGAGGGGGAACCACCACAGCACACUCCUACAAGAGUGGUUCCUCUAUUUACAGCACAAUGUACGAAAAUUCGCUCGGUGGUCGAACGUAUUCUCGUGAAAGUUUGGUAUCGGAGUCGGAGGAAAACUAUCCGGGACCAGCACAAGCGGGUGUUCCAGGUGCUCCCGGUGCCAAAGAUCUAGAAGCUGCUCUGAAACGACUGACGCCGGCCGAAGUGCUGGCCCGCAGAGCAAUGCUUCAGCAUGCACCGGCCGGAACGUACAGCUACGAUGAUCAGCCGAGCGGUAUACCGCUAGGCUGUCGCACACCAGAUAGUAUCAUGUCCACCGGUUCAUCUGGCUUGUCCGGUGUGUCUUCAAACCAGUGGCGACUGCCGGAGAAAUUACAGAUCGUUAAGCCAAUCGAAGGAUCCCAAACAUUGCAUCACUGGUCCCGCCUAGCAACACCAACACUGAGUGGCCUACUGGAGGAACGGCCUGGCGUCACGAUUCGUGGCGGACGUGGAUUAGACGAACUCGGCCUACAAACUUAUUCGCUGUCAGACGUCGAAGAAGACGCCGAUGAGCACCCAGGCAAGCGCUUCCAAACUUUCGGUUGUACCUACACAUACACCAAUAGCACUGUGAUGCACCCCGAUGACGGCACGACGGCGGUCACCUUUAGUCUUCCACCGUCGCAAAUGUCCUCACAAAUGCCAUCGGAGUGCCCCUCGCGGCAACCCUCGACACCAUCAACUCCGCGCACUGGUCUGUCUAGGCGAAAUUCCUGCUCGACCUUCUCCGUUAACUUGGGUUUGGCAUCGAUGCUGAACGAGCGAGGCAUCAAAGCGGUUACGCCCAGUGCGUUGAAUACACCCGCCGGACCGAACUUUUCACCGACCGUUACGCCUUGCAAUAGUCCUGAGGGUUCACCAACGCGUCCCAUGUCACCGGAAGUGCCACUGCUGGGUGGACUGCUCGCAUCUGGAGCCGACAUUCUUCGGAAGCGGUUUGCCGGUGAGGUUGAACGUCCCUCGCGGCUAACUGCGCGCAAUAAGCUUGCACUUACACGGCUGGAGAAAAAGGCACUUCGAUCGAUCAAAAUUAUGGAAAAGGUCGAAAGCAUGGGAAUGGACAAUUUCAUGCCCCACGCUGGGCACGGAAUCAGUCCGCUUGCGCUGCACGGUUCAUCUGCACUGUACACAUCGACGGUUCGUGGCCGCACCUCCAGCCCGAUGGCCCAGUUAACCAGUCUGAAGCAUCUGCAGGAUAGCCGACUUAAUAAGCAUCAUCACCAACAGCAGCAGCAGCAAUCACAAGAGGGGCUAUUGAUCGAUAAGGAAACGAUUCGAGCGGUGCUAAGCAAGGGUCUAUCCCACGACAGUUUGAAAAAUAUUUCGUCUGGUUCAAGCGAUGCGUCCGGUUCUUCGGCGUCGUCCACUUCGGGUGUAUUCGGCGACAGUGAUAGUGGUUCUUCAAUCAGCGUGGCAAGACCCACGGCCAUGACGAAAUCAACUACGGCAAAACAGGAGUCGCAAAAACAACAACAACCAUCCCCAACAACGGCGGCUCGACUGAAGCAAAUGCAGCGACAAAAAAGCCGUCGGAAUCUGCUGAACGGUGCUAACGGAUCACAGCGGCCCGAUCUGGGUACGGUAAACGGCUCCAGUCGACCGACCGUUCGACCGGAUCUCGGUACGGUUGCUGCUAGUGCUACUAACAAUAAGUCGAAGAGCAGUAGCAACAAAAAUGAGCCGACUGCUCACACGCAACCGAUCGCCGCACCGGCGGAACAGAGCCGCUCGCUGGGGCAGAGUGUGUACGGUACGAUCAGCUCGCUACUGUUUGGACGCAAGGGAGGACUCCUGUAAGAACAAAUGCUUUCUUUUCUUUUUUCUUUAGUAUCUAACAACACCAACACUCACUCCCCCCUUUAAGAAAGUUAUUUCUUUGUGAAAAAGGAAAGUUUUGUCUGUUUUAAGAUUAUUUAAGAUCAUUCGUUUUACGGCUUUAUUGGUUUUGCUCCCAGUUUAUAUUUUUUUCUGUUUUGCUUUAUCCAUCACUACUAUUGACUACGUAACAUUUACUGAAAUGUAAAUGAUAUAAGUAUGAAUUCGAAAAUUCUUUCAAUAUAAUUUGUAUAUGUGUUUAUACACGAAUAACAAUUAUCGUUCCUUUGCAUAGUUAAGCUUUUCGGGUCCAUCAAAUCGUUUCUGAAACCUACUUGUUUCGUAAUGAGUUAUUAAAUUUGAUCCUAUUCCGAUUCGUAUCGUAACACUCCGUUUGAAAAUUAUAUUUCAGAGUUACAAGUUCAUACACCUUUUGGGCACAUCACUAUUUCGAAACUAAUUAUUUUAAAAUAAUUGGACAGGCAGAUUUCUGAAAAAAAGAUUCUAACAUCAUUUAAUUUUUGCAGUUACUAAUUUAAAUUUUCAAUCAAUUUAUUUGCUGGCAUUUGUUACAGUCAAUACCACGCCAUUUACGAACCGGUGACAAAAAAUCGACAAAGAAUUACUUGCGGUGUGCACGUUGUAGUUUCUUUUUCAAGCUUUGCUUCAAGUUAAUAAAAUAUUUAGAAAGCAUCCCUCGACCGGGAAUACAUACGAUGAUAGGCUCAACAUUAGUAGUAUUUUUUGAGAAGAACGAUCCACGGUAAUAACCGUGUACCCAAAAAUAAAUCACUUGACAUAAUAUUGCUUGAAGACAAAAGUCUUAGAAUAGUGAAAUUUUCCCUAAAGACAAUUUUCUGCUUUUCGUGCGUUCAUUUGUUGGACAAUUUUUUGUUAAUUCUACUUUCUAAUAUUUUGAAAAAAAAAAAAAUGUUCCCGGAAAAGAUUUAUUUUUCAAGUUAAAUUUACUUAGAGUUGAACCUUUUUCUCCAUGCAAUUACAUUAGAUUUAUUGAACACUUCGUGAAGUAUUAAUGAAUUCCCUCUUGUCUUGACUUGAUAGCUAGAGGUUAUGCUAAAUGCUUUUAUACCGAAAAUACGGUUGAUGGAACAAAAUUACGCCCAUCUGAAUAACAUUCCAGUGGUUAAAUAGUGAGCUUAAUUGCCAUCUACAGCUAUUAUAAUUUUACCGUACGCCCACUCAUACGGAAUUUACUUUGCAUUUCUACCCUGAAUACUGCCUUAUUAGCGCAUUCAUUUUACUUUACAUUUUAUUUAAGUUUUACGUGCAUAACCAAUGUAGUUCUUUGUCGAAAGUUCACCGUCUGCCGUUUUAAACAAAAUGGAAAAUCAACCGUUGGUACUAAAUUGAAAAUUCAUCUACAAUCCGCAGCGAAAGAGACUGUUAUAAAAAACAGUUUGUUGCUUUUUAUCGAUUGAAAUAGUGUAACUCGAUUGUCACCAGUUCCGAGCCUUUCCCGCGAUGUGAAAGACUCGUGCAAGCAAGAGGAAGUGACAUUCGAAGACCGACCCCCCAGUGGAUCGUUUCGUUCAUAUUAAUUUAACCAAACACCCAUUUUUUUUUAUCGCAGCUUAUCUUACUUUUCUUUUCCAAGAAGAUUAUUCUAAGAUACGUACAUUGUUAUCAUUGCCCGUCCCCCGUUCAGUAUCAGUUUAGCUCUGGGAGAGGUUUCGUUGUUCCUAAUGUCACCUAAUAACGGUGUAUUUCUUGAGUAAUCCACCCUUUUAGUAGCUAAUGUAACGAGAACUAGACUGCUUUCGUGUAGAGAUUAUAGUUAGCGCAGAGAUUUAUUUUUCUUAUCCUUUAUACGGUUUACUAUCCUCUAAAUAUAUAGCUACAUUCUUUAUGAUAUUGUUUAGGUGCUAUGAAAAUACAUGCAAGCUAUUGUGGAUUUAAGUUCACGUGAAGUAAGAUCCACGACAGACUGUACUGUUUUAUCGGUAAACUUAAGCUUGCCGCCAAUUCACCAACGAAAACGAUUUUUUUCCUGCACCACUGUUUCCUUUAGAAAAAGAUUAUACAAUGAAAAAAGUAGCGAACUGCGGUUUCUGCUAAACAACAGAACGAAAAGAAUGUUGCUGUAAAUAGGUGUAACGAACUUAAAACAUAUAUUGAUUAUUAUGUAUUGCAAAAUAGGAAUCACAAAAUAUGCAAAAAGGUAAAAAGCUGCUGUAGAUAAUUAUUUAAUUAGGUAAAUCAAGCAAGAGGAUACUAGUUGCUGUAGUGUAACAAUAAAGUAUUUAUUUUUAUACAAAAAAAAAGAACCCAAAGGUGACUAAAAUUUUGAUUGUUACGGAUAACAGAAAAAAAAUCAUUAAAUCCUUACAACGCAAAACUAUAUAUAUUUAAUAUACUAUAAACGCCUUUCUUUGUUGCACCACAGUAACUAUCCUCUCGGUCAGAGCUGAUAUAGAAAAUGAUCGAAAUCUUUACUGCUUAUAAUUUCACGCAAGAAAAAAAAGCACGGUUGAACAGACAAAAACAUUGUCCCUUAAAAAGUGUCAAACCAUGAUCGCAUUACACACACACAUUUACAGAAAAAAAAAAAACAAUAACAUCUAGAGCAAAUGCAACUAACACAAAAAAAAUCACAGUUGCAGCGUAAAAAUGAGCAAAAAAAAUACAGAAAAAUGAUAAUUUUGUUGUAGUAUGAGUACAGUGAUUAAGGUACGCCGUCGUUCUCUUGAAACUGACAGACCGGAAACCGAGUGAUGAUGUGUGAUGCACAGAAAAACAGAAGUAAAUAACGUAAGAAAGUCGGUCUGUUUGGACGCGAGACACGGAGAUAAAACAAUGUUGGUUAAUUGUAUUACUAGAAUGUUAAAAACCAGAUUUUUUCUGCAGGAAAAAGAAAUAAUUAAUAAAAUAAGGUUGAAAAAUUA